GAAUGAAUCAUAUCCUUUCACUUUCACCCAAACUUUGAACUUUCUACAUCUUACACUCUUCAUUUUUAAAAACUUUUCACUUUGUUUUAAGGACUAAAAAUAAUGGAGGUGUCAGAGAGGAGGAGAGAGAAUUCACUCACCUCGUCGACUCCGCCUUCGUCUCCACCGCCGGAGAUUACAACGUUCACCGGAAAACAAGACUCAGCCUUUCACUCGGUUCUCGCUGUCGCUAUUUGGCUUGGUGCUAUUCACUUCAAUGUCGCCAUUGUUAUCUCAUGUUUCUUCUUUCUCUCUCUUCCUAAAGCCUUAACGGUUUGUUGUGUGCUGUUGAUAUUUAUAGUGAUACCGAUUGACGAAAAGGACAAAUUUGGCCGUAAAUUAGCUAGGUAUAUAUGUAAGCACGCUUGUGGUUAUUUCCCGAUGACAAUUCACGUUGAGGAUUACAAGGCUCUUGAUCCAAAUCGACCUCAUGUUUUUGGCUAUGAGCCUCAUUCGGUGUUGCCAAUUGGUGUUGUUGCUCUUGCUGAUCUUACAGGUUUUCUGCCUUUCUCGAAAAUUAACGUCCUUGCUAGUACUGCUAUAUUCUACACUCCAUUUUUGAGGCAUAUAUGGACAUGGUUGGGUCUAUCUCCAGCAACUAGAAAGAAUUUUAAAUCUCGUCUGGCUUCAGGUUACAGUUGUAUCAUAGUGCCUGGUGGAGUACAAGAGACGUUCCAUAUGGAGCAUGGCUCUGAGGUGAUUUUUGUUAGGAACAGGAAAGGAUUUGUUCGCCUAGCUUUGGAAAUGGGCUGCCCAUUGGUUCCAGUUUUCAGCUUCGGUCAGUCAGACGUCUAUAAGUGGUGGAAGCCCAGUGGAAAAUUGUUCUUGCAAUUCGCUAGAGCUUUACGGUUCACCCCCAUAUUUUUCUGGGGAGUUUUUGGAUCUCCAUUGCCUAAUCGGGUUCCAAUGCAUGUUGUGGUUGGUCGACCAAUCGAUGUCAAACAAAAUCCACAGCCCACCAUGGAUGAGAUCUCGGAAGUUCAUAGCCAGUAUGUUGAGGCGCUACAAGACUUGUUUGAAAGGCACAAAGAAAGGGUUGGCCAUGCCAAUCUUGAGCUGAAAAUUCUUUAAAUCAUUCUGUUUUGUGUUGAUUGUAUAUAGUAUCAUAUAUGUACAUUAGACACUGCACCCGCCCUUUGUUGUAACCUUCAGCCCUUCAUUGUCAUCCAUACCAAUAUUGUAUCAUUAAUUUGAACAAAAGUUAUAAAUGAAAAUGUUAUUUACUCAUGUCUUAAAA